AUGGCACAAGACUCGCCCCAGGCCUCGUCUUCUCACAUGAUGAAGACGACAAAGCGCGGUCGCCCAUUCUUAAAAGACACGCUCGAUCUCUUCGCGACAUUGAUCGUCUCUCUCCAGCUCACAACCCACAAGCAGUUCUUCCGUACAUUUCCUAAUUCCUUCACAACCGACGAGGCGGCGCUGAACCUCGCCAGCCUCAAGUUCUCGCAGUCGAACCGCGGGCCGGACCCCCGAGACCCCUCCCGGGUGAUCACGACGACGACGACGACCACGUUCUCGAUGACGCGCGACAUGGCAAAGGCCAUGUCCCAGCACUUCAUGGAUGCGCGGCUGAUCGAGAACGCCGCCGAUCCGUCCUCGAAUUUGUUCAAGGACCGCGGCGUGUACGUCCUCACGCCCAAGGGCCUCCACGUCCUCGAGCGCUUCAUCACCCGCAACGGCAUCAACGGUGACCACCUAUCGCACGUGUUCGCAACCCAGCCCAUCUGCAUGAAGCUCUUGCAUCUCGAGCGCCGCUCCAUCGACGACGAGAUCAUCGUCUCCCAGUCGGUCAUCACCGCCCUAUUCCGCAGAUUCGUCGGUCGCACCGCCAACUACCCGCCAGACAACGUAGACGCCCUCGGCUCAGAGCGCGCCUAUCACGAACGCUCCAAGGGUAUCCAGCUCCAGGAAUCCAACGAGCGCUCGGCCGGCAAGCCCUCAACUCACCACAGGCACUGCUUCAUGGCGCUCGCAGCCCUCGAGUGGCUCUGUGACUUUACUAGCGUCGUCGGCAGGGAAGAGGCUGCAGAGAUGGCCGCACAGUUCGUCCGCUUUGGUCUCAUCACCCUCGUGUCCGACAAGCGCAAGAACAACGACUCGGCUAUCAUCUUCACCGUUCGCGGAUCCGUGCCCAACGGAAAUUCGUCUGUCCAACAAACGGGUGAAUUCCGUUGCACAGCCAAGGCGAUCUACAAGAUCACAGAGGAGGGCAUCCGUGUCGCGCGCUGGAACAGCAGCGGCUCCGCUCGCGAAUCCCCUCACGCCUCGACGACGAACCUCACCGAGCGUUCAUCCGUCGACGACAAGGAAAAGUCGGGCGAGGCCAAGAUUCACCGCCGCAUCUCGCUUGCCGAGAAGAUGAACGCCCAGGAGCCCAAACAUGCAAAGGAGUCCAACACGGAGCGCUUGCGCUUUAUCAUCGAUCAGCCGCAGCUGCGGCAGCUUUUCCGCGACUUCCUGCGCGACAACUUCUGUGAAGAGAACCUGAGCUUCUGGGUCGAGGUCGAGGACUUCAAGCGCAAGUUCAACAUCACCUCCAGCGCGAGCUCCGCCCUGCAACCGCCGCCCGUACGACCCGCUGGCGCGAAGAGUACUCCCGGGCAGGUUGCGAUGGAACAACAUCACGAAGCGCUCAUCCAGCAGGCUUUCGAGAUCUACAGAACGUAUCUUGCGCCCAGCUCACCGUCCGAGCUCAAUAUCGACCACGGCUUGCGGAACGAGCUAUCCGCGUACCUCUCUGAGGUCAUGCAGAGCCUCACUGGCGCACCGUUCCAGGGUCGUCUCGAGGCUGAUCAACUCAGCAGUUUCAACGCGACGCAACUCCAGAUGAUGAUCAAGCUGUACGAACGCAUUCAAAUGCACGUCUUCCGCCUCAUGGCGACGGACUCGGUACCGAAGUUCACGAAGACGCCGCAGUUUGUCGAGUUGCGGAAGAACAACGAAGACUACGACUUCUUGGACAGCGAUGUGCAUUAUCUGUCAAACUCAGGGCCGUCGGUACCGCCGGGUCUCGCACAAGACCAAGAGGAGAUUGGCGGCGCCUACGUCACCGUCAGCCAACAGGCGUCUAACGCGCGCGCACGACAACACGAAGCAGCACAUCACCCUCAGGCCGUGCCAAGAUGGGAUAGCCGGUAG